AUUGCUAACAAAUUAGAAAUCGAUAUUCAGAUUUCCUGGAGUCAGAACAAAAAUGACAAGUCCUGAUGAGCACUCACCGGAGAAGAAGGAUUCAGAGAACGAAGUUGUGCCGGCGGGGCCAAAACAAAAGGCAAAGUGUCUUGAGAAGGACAUCAAAUCUCCGCCGAAGCCAUCAGAUUUAUCGAAGGCUGAAAGAAAGGAAAAGAAUAAUAAGACUGCAAGAAGAGAUGUGAAGAGUUCUCGAGGAAAUGUGAAAACCAUGAAGCCAUCGGUUGUUAAAGCAGAAGAACGAUCGUCUCGAUCAAAAAAAAGUAUUCGCGAGGGAAAGCUGAAAAACUUCUCCCUUCCAAAAGACGAAUCCGAGAUUACUGCUCUCCAACUUGACGCAGACCUUACGAAGAGUGCACGUUUGAUGGAAGAAUACAAGAUUGCUCUUGAACAAAUCUUCACAACACUCGUAAAUCUGAUGAGACGUGGAAACGGGACGGUUGAUAUGGAAAACAUUGUAAGCGAGAAAGGACAAACGGCAGCGGAGAAGCUGAACAAGGAAGUACAGUUGACUCAAAACAACUGGAAAACGGACACAAAGUUGCAACCAGCAAUGAACGAUGCAAUUGCAAAGAAUGCGGUCGUUCUGGCAUCAGCUGAAAGAAACUUGCAGACUCGAGGGCCCAAGCAUCUCAAAAGAGUCAAAAAGUUUCUUUACGGUCAAUAUCCAAAGUAUGUGGAUAUGAAGAGAGAUCUGCUGAAGGUUGUCAAACAACAGAAGCCGGAAACCCAAAGUGUUCGCGAUGAAAGUGCUCAAGCGAUUUCGAAGUUCAUCAAGGAAAAGUAUGUGAAUGCCAAAAUAUUGCAUCUCGGAGAAAUUCAAAGUGCUUUCGUCGAGUUGAGCUUUUUCCAUCGUACAUCCGCUUUCACUUGGCAUCAAAUCGCUGAACGACAACCUCCAAAGUCUUCAUAUCACACCGAGAACUUCGACUUUCAACAAUUCUUCACAGCACCUCCAAAAAUGUAAACUUUGACGUCACCAAUGAUUUUUUUAUGAUGAUUUAUGAUAAUAAAGUGAGAGAGAAAUG